CGGAGCUGCACACUCUACACUGUCUGACAACUUCCCACAGACAGGGCUCAAUGGACCUUUUACAUUUUUCGAGUUUCAUUUGAUGGAUUUGCAUAAUAACAAAUUUGAUUUCGAACUGCAGAAAGGAGGUUCGGCUGGAUUUGUAUGUGCUUAAAAUGAAGUGUUUGGAUGAUUUGCGCUUUUUGGACUUGUGUGUCAGCGCCAUGCAGUUAAUUGAAAUGAUUUCUUUGUGAAUGCCUGAUGUAAUUAUCUGCAAAGCGCACAGAAGUAGGCUAUAGCUUGUCAUGGAGAACCUCACAAUGGAUAAUAUGACUUUGGAGAAUGACACGUCGGCGCAGGACAAUCAGACCCUGGGUGUGUGGACUGACUACACAGUCGAGUACAAGGUGGUCAGCGUGUUCUUGGUGUCCCUAAUAUGCGGGGUGGGGAUCGUGGGGAACGUGAUGGUCAUACUGGUGGUCCUGACCACCAAACACAUGCGAACUCCCACAAACUGUUACCUGGUGAGUCUGGCCGCGGCUGACCUGAUGGUGCUGACGGCCGCAGGACUGCCCAACAUCACGGACGCGCUGCACGGACAGUGGGUAUUCGGGUACGCAGGAUGCCUGGGGAUCACUUAUUUCCAGUACCUCGGUAUCAACGCGUCCUCAUGCUCCAUCACCGCCUUCACCGUGGAGCGCUACAUUGCCAUCUGCCACCCCAUCAAAGCGCAAUUCCUGUGCACUUUAACCAGGGCGAAGAGGAUCAUCAUGCUGGUGUGGACGCUCACCUCUGUCUACUGCGUCAUGUGGCUCUUUCUGUCAGACACUAAAAACUUGGUUUAUGACAACGUGGUUCUGCUCAGCUGCGCCUACAAAGUGUCCAGGAAUCAAUACCUGCCCAUCUACUUCACUGAUUUCGCGGUUUUUUACGUGCUGCCUCUCAUGCUGGCCACGGUUAUGUACGGACUGAUCGCUCGGAUCCUGAUCCUGAACCCGCUGCCCUCAGACCCCAGGGACAGCACCAAGAAGUGGAAGAAGGACACGAGUCAGGGGAGGAGGAUGCUGGGCUCCAGCUCCUCCAGCAGCACCACGGCUGCCUCCCGUAGACAGGUGACAAAGAUGCUAGCUGUGGUUGUGAUCCUCUUUGCCUUGCUUUGGAUGCCCUAUCGGACCUUGGUGGUGGUCAACUCCUUCUUGGACAAGGCCUACCUGGACAUAUGGUUUCUGCUCUUCUGCCGACUCUGCAUCUACUUAAACAGCGCCAUCAACCCGGUCAUCUACAACGCCAUGUCCCAGAAGUUCCGCGCAGCUUUUAAGAAGUUGUAUCACUGUGGCCCACAGCGGAUGGAGAGACCAGCUUCUUACAGUGUGGCACUAACCUACAGUGUCAUCAAGGAGACGUUCAAUGGGGAAAGUCCAGACCACUUCACUACAGAGAUGGAUGAGCUAAACACACCAACAGAUCAGUACUUACCCACCAGAAUCCUACCAAGUGCCAAGAAGAUGUCGUUGAAGGAGCCUUCUUUACCUGGAAGUGAUGUCAAAGCCUGAUUAAAAACAAACAUUUCCAGCAAAGAGGAUUGCAGAGAUUCUGACAGCGGCUGUAUGGAUUCAGUCACCCAUGGGACACAUUAGAGAUGUUUUAAUUAAAAGUGCCCAGACACUUCUUAUUUAAUUUAUGUAAAGUGUUGUCUCUUUGAAAUGGUUCUUUUAUUUGACAAGAACAUUUGCCAAGAGCCAAACAAGAUGCUGUGAAAUGAGCUGACAUGGGUCUUUAUUGCAUUUUUUAAAUAAAACAACUCAAGCCUUCAUAAAUCUACAGGUUAGAUUACACAAGUUAUUAAUAAAGCUACAGAGCAGGAAUUCAAAUUAUGCAGAGACCGCCUGUGCUUUUUGUCUAAAGAAGAGAAGCAUUAGCUAUCAAUGCAGGGUUUGAUGAGAUAAUGCAGACAAAAUGUAAGUGCGCAUUAACUUAAAAUGUUAAAGGAGGAAGAAGAAUGAGAGCAGUUCUUGUCAAAUCAUUUAGUUUGAUUAUUACUUUGGUUGAAAUAUUCCCAUUUAAUUGAAAUCCUCUUCCCUCUCUGAUCUAAACUGAAACAGACCAUGUUGAACCAAAGAUGACCACCUGUCACACUAAAAAGCAUGAAAUAAAGAAGUGUAUUUCAUAAAUCUUAGUCAUAUGGCAUUGGAUAUAUUUGUUUUUCAUUCAUAAAUGUUCUGAUCUAUAUCAUGAAGUAGUAAAUCAUUCCCUUGUAUUUACCAGAACCAGACAUUUACCAGGUUUUAUGCAGGUGUAGACAGAGUACCCUUUUCCAAUUAAUAUAUUUUUCUUAAUUAACCCAAGCAUUGUGUCAGUCUACCAUGACUUAUCCCACAGUGUGCAAUGUUUACAGCCAUGGAGUGUAUAUCUCUGUGAGGGUCAGUUUUUCCUCCUGCAGGUUGGUUUUGUUUUUGGAGAAGAGCUAGCAUAAAGUGGUGCAGUAUCAGAUACUGAUGUUUCAGGCUUAACUUGGUUCUUGCCGUUUUCAGUCUUCUUGCUCCCCGUAUCCACAGUAUUUGCUUGUGAUUGACUUCAGGUUUAAUUAACCCUGCUUGUUGUUGUGUCCUCUUAGCUAACACUCAACACCUAAAUGUCUUCUUAAAGGAUGUCCUUGCACCUUCCAAAACCUGAUCACAAAAAUGAUAGCAUGUCAUAUGUGAAGUUACUUCAACUGACCUCUUCAUGGUACAGUCAAACACCUCUAUGUGAACAGAGCUUUCUCUGUAAAAGUGAUUCAUUUGAAAGUCCAUUAUAAUUUAUCACAAUAUUCAAUCUCUGUAAAACUCUUGUUCUUUGAUAGUUGGGGGCUGAUCCAUUAAUUUUUUUAUGUGUUCAGUGUACUGGUCUGGUCUGGCGAGCUUGGUAUGUGGAAUGAAGGUGAAGGAAGGUGGCUAACCACCAAAAUAACCAAACUAAUAGCUCUGUACAUUUCUUAUAGCCUUCAUGAUUUCAAAUUUGCUCUGUUGCAAGCAGGACUUAAUGCAGUCAAUAUGGAUGAUUUCAAGCAGCUGAUGAUAGAUAGUAAAGGACUCAAUGUCCUGUUUUCUUACUUUUCACAUUUUAAGUACAUCAAAUGUGGCUGUUGGGGCCUUGAAGAUGUACCAGACUCCACAUUUUGUCAGUCAAAUCAUAUUUUGCUUUUCAGAAUGAAAUUUGAACUAUUAGUCUAUUUGCAGAUUUCCUUGUUGAUGCCUCAGCAUUUCUUCUCUGUGCAAUGACACAGGUAAGAUUACAGGUACCAAUGGACCAGACUGAGAAUCAUUAGUAAAGGGACAAACAACUUUUGGUCUGAUAUCUAUUCAUUUAAAUUACUUGUAAAUGGUCUGACAGGCAAGAAGUAGCUCUUCCCAUGUUUUGGGAUGAGGUUAAUAUUGUGCUGCAAUCAGUCUUAUUUAUCUAUGGUGUAUCAAAGUUUAUAAUCUAUUUACCAGGGACAUGGUUUUUUGGAGCUAUCAUACCAGCUCUGUUUUGUUCAGGUUUAACUUGUAGCAAGAAUCCUCUUUGUUCAUGUCUUUCCCACUAGAAACCGUGUAAUUCAAAUUAAUGUAAAAGCACAACACCGUGACAUAUCCUCGGUUCCAGAGAGAAAUCAGAGACAUGAAAUUACAUGACCUUUUGAAAAGGUUCAAGGAAAGACUGCAAUUACAAGUAAUCACUUAUUCAUGCUGUGUCAAUUCAUAAUCUCCUGAACACUAAUGAUUUCAGAAGGGAAUUCGGUCUUUAACAGUAAAAGAAACCACACUACUUGAUGUUUGUUUAGCCACUGUUCAGAUGACCAUGGUGGACUCUGCGGCGAGCCUGUGAAAGUCAGUGGACGAUGUAUAAUAUAGAGGAAGAGAUGUAACCCUGUUGAGCAGACAUAGAGGCUGUUUGUCAGAGGGUCAGGUAUAUGUCAUGGCUGUAUUUCACUGAUAUUGGCUUAGACUGCAGAGUUCAGCACUUUUCAGUGAUUUAUCUGCUCAGGAAGCAAUGACGAGAUGUGUAACUAGAUGUGACAAAGUGCCAUUCUGGAGUUGGUGCAAGUCGUAUGUAGUUUAUACUGUUCACUCUGCUAUUUAAAUAUGAUUUUACUGCUGUUUGAAUUGUUUAUGUUUAAAUUGAAGAGCACUCUGAGGGAUUGAACACUGAGUGGACUAACUGAAAGGGACGUGUUUCAUACUGAGCAGCAGGCUUUUUUUGUCUAUACUGUAAAGUUGCUUGAAAUUGAAUGUGCAGUGCAACGUGAAAUUUAUUCAGUAUUGUGUUUUCAUGUGUGCAAGUGGGUGUGUUUUUUGAAUAAUAGUUUGUUUUGAUCCAUUGAUCAAUCGGUGUGUUUUCUAUCAUUUGGAGCCCGGCAGAGGAAGCUAAUCUGCUCCAAAAUGGAAAAGUUUGGAGGACAAAGAAAUGGUUUGAAGUCUGUAUUUUGUAGUGUGAAGUACCAGUCAGUCAUGCACCUUUAUUGUGUUCUCUCUUUGUUCUCAUUUGAAAUGCAUUUCAUUUUUUGGGAAAAUACAAACAGAUGUGAUUAAGAUGAUUUCCUUCCUGCACAGUGAGCGGCCUGUCGCAUGUAUGCAAGCUUUUGUGAUGUGAGCACAAAGUUGAUAAAAUGUGAUGCCAUCUGAUGUGAUGCUUUGUGCACAAUCCUCUAUCAAGGUAGCUUUUUCUGCUCUUGCUGUUUGAUGGAUUGUUUUGUACUUUGUAUUGUUCUUUGCCUUAUAAU